AUGGCUCAGAACGGCACCGCAUCGGUCCUCCCGGACCCCACCGCCGACCUUCACUGGAGCGACUACCGCGGAGCAAUCCACGAAAUCUUCGCCGCCAAUGCCGAAAAGCACCCCGAGAGACCAUGCGUUGUCGAAACCCCGAGCGCCCGCACCCCCGAGCGUGUCUUCACCUACAAGCAGAUCAAUGAGAGCUCGAACCAGCUCGCCCACCACUUUGUAGCGCAUGGCUGCGAGCGCGGGGACGUUGUUAUGGUCUACGCCCACCGUGGUGUCGACCUCGUCGUGGCAUACAUGGGCGCUCUGAAGGCCGGUGCCACCGUCAGUGUCCUCGAUCCCCAGUACCCUCCCGACCGCCAGACCAUAUACCUGGAAGUCGCGAGCCCCAGGUUCCUCGUUCAGAUCGAGCGCGCUACCGAGGAGGCAGGCAAGCUGCCGGACAAGGUCAGAGAAUUCAUCACUCAGAACCUGAGCAUCAAGGCAGAAGUGCCUGCUCUCAAGCUUCGGGACGACGGUACUCUGGCUGGCGGUGAGAUCGAUGGAAAGGACUGCCUCGAGGCGCAGGAGUCUGUCAAGGGCCAGCUGCCUGGUGUCUUGGUUGGUCCCGACUCGAUCCCGACCCUCUCAUUUACCAGUGGCUCCGAAGGUAGACCCAAGGGUGUGCAGGGCCGCCACUUCUCUCUGGCAUACUACUUCCCCUGGAUGGCACAAAGAUUCAAUCUGUCUGAGAAUGACAGGUUUACUAUGCUGUCUGGAAUUGCCCACGACCCUAUCCAGAGAGAUAUCUUCACGCCCCUCUUCCUUGGAGCGCAGCUCCUUGUUCCCAGCCGCGACGAUAUUGCACACGAGCUCCUCGCCGAAUGGAUGCGCAACUACAAGGCCACCGUUACCCACCUUACCCCUGCCAUGGGUCAAAUUCUCGUUGGAGGCGCCAGCGCGCAAUUCCCCUCGCUCCACCACUCCUUCUUUGUCGGCGACGUUUUGAUCAAGAGAGAUUGCAAGAGGCUACAGGAGCUGGCGCACAAUGUUCGCAUCGUCAACAUGUACGGAACCACCGAGACUCAGCGCGCUGUGUCCUACUUUGAGGUUCCGAGCAAGAACGACGACCCCAACUUCCUCGACACCAUGGGCGAUAUCAUUCCCGCCGGCAAGGGUAUGCUUGAUGUUCAAUUGCUAGUCGUCGACCGCGAGAACAGGAACCGUAUCUGCGAUGUCGGCGAGCAGGGAGAAAUCUUUACCAGAGCGGGUGGCCUGGCGGAGGGAUACCUUGGCAACGACGAGACUACUGCCAAGUUGAACGAGUCCAAGUUUAUCGCCAAUUGGUUUGUCGACCCUGCCCAGUGGGUUAAGCAGGAUGAGGAGAAGGUCGCUGCCUCCGGGGUCAAGGAGCCCUGGCGGCAAUUCUACAAGGGCCCUCGUGACCGUCUCUACCGCACUGGUGACUUGGGUCGUUACACCGCUGACGGCAACGUCGAGUGUACUGGCCGCAUCGACAACCAGGUCAAGAUCAGAGGUUUCCGUAUCGAGCUCGGCGAGAUUGACACCCACUUGUCGCGCCACCCGCUCAUUCGUGAGAACGUCACUCUGGUGCGCAGGAACAAGGACGAGGAGCCGACUCUGGUCAGCUACAUUGUUCCCGAAAUGAAGCGCUGGCUCCAGUGGCUGGAAGAGAAGGGUCUUGCUGCGGAUGACUCCCAGGAUGAGACCAUGGUUGGCAUGUUGAAGAAGUUCAAGCCCUUGUCGGAUGACUGCAGGAGCUUCCUCAAGACCAAGGUGCCAUCUUACGCAGUUCCCAGCGUCUUCGUCCCCCUAUCGCGCAUGCCGCUCAACCCCAACGGCAAGAUCGACAAGCCGGCCCUGCCAUUCCCUGAGCCUACCGAUCUUCUCCUUGCCGCCGGCAGGAGACCUUCCCAAGUCGCUGCCUCCAUGACCGAGACCCAGAAGAAGGUUGCUGAGAUCUGGGGUAAGCUGCUGCCGAACACGUCGGCUCGCAUGUUGACCCCCGAGUCAAACUUCUUCGAGGAGGGCGGUCACUCGAUCCUGGCCCAACAGAUGCUUCUUCAGGUCAGGAGAACGUGGAAGGGCAUCGACGUUCCCAUGAGCGUCAUCUUUCAGUCGCAAACUCUCGAGGCUUUCUCCACCGAAAUCGACCGCGCUCAGGAUCCAGCUGGUCUGCGUCUGGAGCACGCUCCUGCUCCUGAUGACGUUACGGAUGAAGCUUAUUCUGCCGAUGCUCGCGAGCUUGCACAACAACUGCCGAAAUCCAUCCCCUCUGCCGCCCUUGACUUUUCGGAGUCCAAGACCGUUUUCCUCACUGGUGCCACUGGUUUCCUAGGUUCUUACCUCCUGAGGGACUUGCUUAGCCGCAACUUGCGUGUCAUUGCGCACGUUCGUGCCAAGGACCCUGCCGCCGGUCUUGAGCGUAUUGCUUCCACCUGCCAAGCGUACGGUAUCUGGUCCGAGGCCUGGCGCUCGCAGCUCGAGGUUGUCAUUGGCGACCUGUCCAAGCCCAAUCUCGGACUUGAGAAGGAUGCUUGGGAGCGCGUUGCCAAUGAGACUGACGUCAUCAUCCACAACGGCGCCUUGGUCAACUGGAUGCAACCGUACUCCAGCCUCCGCUCCCCCAACGUGCUGUCCACGAUGAACGCCAUUGCGCUGUGCACAAGCGGCAAGCCCAAGCAGCUUGGCUUUGUCAGCUCUACCUCUACCCUGGAUAGCGAGCACUACGUCAAGCUCUCCCAGGAGAGCGUGGCAGCGGGCGGCAAGGGUGUUCUGGAGGCCGACGACAUGGAGGGCAGCCGUAAGGGUCUCGGCACCGGAUACGGACAGUCCAAGUGGGCCAGUGAAUACAUUGUCCGCGAGGCUGGUAAGCGCGGUCUCAAGGGUGCCGUUAUCCGUCCUGGAUACGUCACUGGUGACCCUGUCACUGGUACCUCGAUCACCGAUGACUUCCUCAACACGGUCAACCAGGUCCCCGUCACCCACGUCGCUCGCGUCGUCGUUGCCUCGACCCUCAACCCGCCCGUCGAGCCUCUUGGAGUCACGCAGGUUACCAGCCACCCUCGCCUUACCUUCAACGAGUUUGUCGGCUCGCUCGAGUCAUACGGCUACGACAUUCCGCAGGUCUCAUACGACGAAUGGCGCACCAAGAUGGAGGACUAUGUCGCAGCUUCCAUCGAUGGCGAGAAGGAGGAGCACGCUCUGCUCCCUCUGUUCCACUUCGUCACCGGCAACCUCCCUGCCGACACCAUCGCCCCCGAGCUCGACGACGCGCAGGCUGCGGCCGCGCUCCGCGCUGAUGCCAAGUGGACCGGCGAGGACGUGUCGGCCGGUAGCGCCGUCACGGUCGAGACAGUUGGUGCGUACCUAGCCUUCCUGGUUGCGGUCGGGUUCCUGCCGCCGCCGACGAAGACUGGCGAGAGGGCGCUGCCCAAGUGCGAGUUCAGCGCCGAACAGAAGGCGGCGCUGAGUAAGAUUGGCGGUCGUGGCGGUAGCGCAUAG